UGGCCGGCAUUCGCACCGAAGCCUCAGCAGGCGACACGCGAUCCUUGAGGCUACUAUCGACGCACGCGCCGCGCUCGCCCGCCGCCCACCGCCUCCGCUCCACUUGCCUAAGCGCAUGCCCCAGUGCCGCGAGUAGGGUGACGAUGAUACACCGGUAAAGGUGUCGCGCAUAUAUCUCUAUACGUGAUCUCAAACGGACUUUAAUUUUAAAGUGAGAGUGUAUAUUAAUUUUUCAAAAUGGGUUUAGACUUCUUAGAACAUGGAGCGGAUUUUGAAGCUGCCAUCUCCGCUACUGGAUUCGGGCGGUUCCACUUCUGCCUGUUGGCGAUCACCGGGCUGAUCUACGCCAACACGGCUAUCGGCAUCACAAUCAUCUCCUUCGUACUACCAGCAGCCACCUGUGACUUCCGCAUGACCUCUGCUGAUAAGGGAUGGCUGACCGCUGCCCCUAUGUUAGGUAUGGUCCUCGGCUCAUACUUCUGGGGCUGUCUGGCGGACACCAAGGGUCGCAAGGUCGUGCUAGUGUCGACCCUGCUGCUUGACGGCUUUUGUGGAAUCUUCUCAUCCUUCGUACAGAUCCUGCCCAUCUUCAUGGCCUGCCGAUUCAUUAACGGUUUUGCUGUUGCCGGCGCCAUGGGUAUCUGUUUCCCCUAUCUGGGAGAGUUCCAGCAGACCAAGUACAGAGAGAAGAUCCUCUGCUGGAUGGAAAUGUUCUGGACCCUCGGAGUUAUUUGCUUGCCUUUAAUCGCGUGGGGCAUCAUCCCAAUCACGGGCAUCCGCGUGGAGAGCGGUUGGUUCUCAUACGACUCGUGGAACUGGUUCGUGGCCGCGUGCGGUAUCCCAUCGCUGAUGCUCGGCUUCUGGCUGUUCACCUUCCCUGAGAGUCCCAAGUUCAUGAUGGAGUGCGGCGACUACGAUGACGCCCUCAACUGCCUCAAGGACAUCUACCGCCAGAACACCGGUGACGACCCCGAUAACUACCCCAUCAAGAGCCUCAAGGAAAAAGCGCGAACAAUAUCGGUGGCGUCACAAAACUCGCAGAAAUCCGUCCGAAGCCUCAGCAUGCGCAAGCCUAAAGACCUCAAACGUCUGUUCAGUGAGAUCUGGGUUCAAACCAAAGCCCUCUGCAAGCCUCCCUACCUUAAAUACACCAUUCUUACUUGCCUUAUCCAGUUCGGCUUGACUACUAGCUACUACACCCUGAUGAUCUGGUUCCCCGAGUUGUUCAACCGCUACGAAGAGUUCGAGCACCGGUUCCCUAACACCACAGCCUCUGUCUGCGACGUAUCAGGCAUCGUUGUCAGCGACGACGCCAUCGAGGACCCCUUCGACUGCGGCAAGGUCAUCGACCAGAGCGUCUACAUGCACACCCUCAUCGUCGGUCUCGCUUGCAUCCCCACCUCGCUCUGGCUGCCGCUUUGCGUCCACAAACUUGGAGCUAAGUUCUUCCUUAUCUUCUCCCUUGGGUUCGCCGGCGUGGUAACGGUUGGUCUGUACUACGUGCAGAACUCCACUCAGAACCUGGUACUGUCCUGCAUCUUCGAAGCCCUGACCUCCCUCGCCAUCUCGCUGGUCUUCUGCGUACUCGUCGACUUGUUCCCUACAAACCUUAGGGUGAUGGCAGCAGCGCUGUCCUUAACGGCGGGUCGAGGCGGCGGGCUGAUCGGCAACCUGUCAUUCGGCUACCUCAUCGAUAUCAACUGUGUCGUGCCCAUCGUCGUCUUCUCAGCAUUCCUAUUUAUUGCUGCUCUACUCUGCUUCUUCUUGCCAAAGACAGGACAGGAAGCGCUCGACUAAACCAACAUGAACUCUAGAUAGUGCAAUUAGACUGUCUGCAACGUAGAGACCACCAUUUACAGUGGUUGUACAUAUCAUUUAGGAUGUAAAUAUUGAGGACUAAGUAUAUUAUUUAUUGUUCAAGUUUUCUAGAGUAUGAAUUGAGACGCGAUCCGAAUAGGUAGCUAUCGACGCCGCGCCCCGAGUACUGUGAUGCAGUAUACAAGAUGAUGAAGUGAUGAACAUAACAGUAUUUAGAGUUGACUGUGUAAUAUAAAUGCCUUUAAAUUAUUAUUAAAACAUAAAUAAUA